CGUUAUAAGAACUUAAACAAGAGAACCAACCAAGAGUGUGUUCAUCAAAUAAACUUGAAGGGCUGUUUUCUUUCUUCAAGAGAAAUCAAACCAUGGUGGUGAAGUUGUACGGUCCCACUUGUGCUUCAUCAAAGAGGGCUCUGGUUUGCUUGAUUGAGAAGGAAGUUGAAUUUGAGGUUGUCCCUGUUGAUGUCAGCAAGGGUGAACACAAAGAUCCUGAAUUCCUCAAACUACAACCCUUUGGAGUUGUUCCUGUCAUUCAAGAUGGAGAUUAUACCUUAUAUGAAUCUAGGGCUAUAAUGAGAUAUUAUGCUGAAAAAUACAAAUCUCAAGGCACUGAAUUGCUAGGUAAGAUAAUAGAAGAGAGGGGUAUUGUGGAACAAUGGGUUGAAGUUGAAGCAAAUAAUUUUCACCCAUGGGCAUAUAAAUUGGCCAUUCAUGUUCUGUUUUCUUCAAUAAUUGGAAUCACUCCUGAUCCAAAGAUCAUUGAAGAGAGUGAAGCAAACUUAAGCAAAGUUUUGGACAUUUAUGAAGAGAGGCUUUCAAAGAGUAAGUAUUUGGGUGGUGAUUUCUUUAGCCUUGCUGAUAUUAGCCCCCUUCCAUUCAUUGAUUAUAUUGUCAACAAUAUGGGGAGAGAGUACUUGAUCAAGGAUAGGAAGAACGUUAGUGCAUGGUGGGAUGCUAUAAGUAAUAGACCUUCAUGGAAGAAGGUUCUUGAGCUCUAUAAAGUUCCGAUCUAGUCGAUCGAAUCGCAUAAAAAGUGUUAUUAUUGAAAAAAAUGCUACGUGUAUACAAAAUGUCAGUUGCUAUGUAUUUUACAAUUUAAUAUGUGUUUUAUUAGAAUAGUUAAUUUGGUGGAUGAUUUUUUGUAUUGACAUAACAUGAUUGAUCAAUAUUUAUGUAUAUGUUGUGAUAUAAUAA